AUGUCAAUGGAGCUGAAUUGGCUUACUAAGCAGCACCUUUCAUUUCUGUCAACGACUUGCUCCAAAUCCUUUCAGUGAUCACCAAGGGGCAGUCCCCAAAGCGUCAUGGAUACCUCAGAGCUCGAGCCCUCGAAGCUCGGCACGAAAGAACAUUGGGAUAACGUUUACGAAGAAGAAUUGGAGAACUUCAGUGAAAAUGGUGAUGAGGGUGAAAUAUGGUUCGGCAAAAGGGCAAUGAAUGAAAUGGUGAAGUGGGUUAAGGAACACGCCCCUCCGCGCCCUGAUAUGUCAGUCCUUGAGGUUGGAAGUGGAAAUGGUGCACUGUUAUUCGCGCUUGCGGAGGGACGUGGAGAUGCGCGAUAUCCGGCACAGAGACUUUUGGGAAUCGAUUAUAGUGAAGGAGCUGUUCAGCUCGCACAAUCGGUGGCGCAUGCUAGGAAUCUUACGGCCAUUACGUUUAGUGUGUGCGAUUUCCUGCAGGAGGACCCAUCAUUACUCGCCGACGAUCAGAAAGCUGACCAGAAUGGAGCUUGGGAUCUGAUUCUUGAUAAAGGCACUUACGAUGCCAUCGCGCUGAUGGAGAAGGAUGAUAAUGGAAGGAUUCCAGUCGAAGCUUAUCCGAUGCGUAUCGCGAAGCUCUUGAAUCCAGGCGGGCAUUUUUUAAUUACAUCUUGUAACUUUACCGAGGUUGAGUUACGAUCGAAGUUCAUCACCGAAGAAACUGGCCUGCAGUACCAUUCUCGUAUACAGCACCCGACCAUUUCAUUCGGCGGGAGCACUGGCAGUGCAUGUUCUAGUGUGGCAUUCACGAAAUAGAAACGUAGAUAAGCAUUGCUAUAUUCUGGGGAUAUGAUCCAUUCCUGUCUGUAACGUCUCUUUUGCCAAUGAGCUAGCCCAAGUCAAGAACCCAUCUUCUCCUUUGAACGUAUUAGACAUGAAGAACACCAAUCCAAGGCCCAGGUUCUCGAUCCUUGAUGCCUUCAAGAAG